UUUUUGAUAACAACUUUUUGCUCAAAUUGCUACCCGAACUUCAAGGUAUAAAAACUCUGACGGUGCCCGAAAAAUUAGCAGUCUUUCAUUCAAAAUGUUGAUCAAACGAUUCAGAACGUUCCUGGUAGCGCUUGUUUUGUGUGGCUCUGUGCCUAAGACAUCGCACGUUUUCGGAUACGAACUUCCUGAAGCCGCAUCAUCAAAAGACCGUCACCAGACGAAUCAAAGAGAUAAAGCUUCACAAACGUGCCUCGAUGUUCGGAAUUUACUUCCCGGGAUAUAUCGGCUUCAGCCAAAAACCGGAUCCGGCGCACCGUUCAGAGCCUUAUGCGAUAACAACUACUCAAAUGGAGGCUGGACGGUGAUCCAAAAUCGGUUCAACGGUUCCGUGGAUUUCUACCGAGGCUGGAAGAACUACGCGGAAGGAUUUGGAAAUCUCCAAGGCGAAUUCUGGCUGGGAUUGGAGAAGAUUCACCAGCUAACCUCUUCCAAGCGGCAUGAGUUGGCCGUGCUGUUGGAAGACUUCGAGGGUACUACUGUGGUGGCCAAAUACGACAACUUCAGAGUGGCCGAUGAGGCAGAACAGUACAAACUGGAGAGCCUCGGCCAGUAUAGUGGCACAGCAGGGGAUGAGCUUGCUCAACAACUCGGUCAGAAGUUCACUACCUUCGAUGCGGACAACGAUUCAUUGGAUCCUGGUAAUUGUGCAGUCUACGAAUCUGGCGCUUGGUGGUACAAAGACUGUACUCUCAGCAACCUCAACGGGAAAUAUCUUGGUCAGGAUGCGCAGGAAUGUAAUAAAGUAAUGUACUGGACCGGUUUUCAUAACUCCUGCUAUUCGCUCAAAAGCUCACGAAUGAUGAUCCGGGUGAAAGUUUGAUCCAACGAGGAUCGUAGCUUAGAGGAUCGUCUGAGGAACUCCUACUUACUUCAACCAUUGCUAGGAUGGAUAUAAGAUGAUAGUUCUUGAUUUUUUUCUCCUGAUAAUGUGUUAUUAUUUUCGAGAAUUCGUUUCGUAGCAUUCAUUUUGCUUAAAUUUGUAAAAUAAAUUAAAUAAAUAACACGAUAAUAUAUCCCAACCGAAAAAAAUUCAUGCAUAUUCUUGGAGAAAAAAUAUCAGAAUUAAUAAAUUAUAAAAAUGGAUCUUAACACAGGAGAAAAUCAAAAACUACCUUUUCAAUUCAUGAUUAAUUUUUAUUUUAUAUUCAAACUACCACACCGGAAUUUACGAAACAUCUUAUAAAUUCACAGAAAACUGCUGCAAAUGUUAUCAAAACAACUUUAAAAUUUGCAUUUCACAUCUAGAUUAUGUUGUCUAUAGGCUACAAAUGUUCUAAAUGGAAAGAAAUCGCUACUAGUUUAUGUCAGUUUUUGUAUUUUCGUAAUAAAUCUGUUUGUUU